UUAUCAUCUAUCUUGUGCGUUUCUUCUUCCCCUUUCUGAGCGAUUACCCAAGAAUCUUCCUAUGGCGACGUAUACAGCUGACGACGAUUACGAUUUCCUCUACAAGGUGGUACUAAUCGGAGACUCCGGCGUCGGAAAAUCCAACCUCCUCUCUCGAUUCACGCGCAACGAGUUCAGCCUCGAGUCCAAAUCCACCAUCGGCGUCGAGUUCGCCACCAGAACCAUUCACGUCGACGACAAAAUCGUCAAAGCUCAGAUUUGGGACACCGCCGGUCAAGAAAGAUACCGAGCGAUCACUAGUGCAUACUAUCGAGGAGCUCUAGGAGCUCUACUUGUGUACGAUGUUACACGGCAUGUGACCUUUGAGAACGUUGAGAGAUGGCUCAAGGAGCUUAGGGACCACACUCAUGACGCCAACAUUGUUAUUAUGCUCGUUGGGAACAAGGCUGAUCUGCGUCAUCUCAGAGCUGUUUCUACCGAGGAUGCGACAGCCUUUGCUGAGAGGGAGAAGACUUUCUUUAUGGAGACGUCUGCAUUGGAAGCUUUGAAUGUGGAGGAUGCUUUCACGCAUCUGCUUUCUCAGAUAUACCGUGUGGCUAGCAAGAAGGCUUUGGAUGUUGGUGAUGAUGAUCGGUCUGGUGUCCCUAAAGGACAGAGUCUUAAUGUCGGGUCUGAGGUCAAUAAGAUCGGUUGCUGCUCAAGCUGAUCUCAAAUUUUAGAGGAACUAUGUUAGUUUGAGUAUCUAUGGAACAGAUGAUUCCUCCCUUGUGUAGUUACUUUUGGUGUAGGUUUCUCAAGAUCUUUAUAAUGGUCUGUCUAUGUUUACAUGAUCAUAUUAGAUAAUCUAUGAACAUAAAAGGGUGCUUUAGAUUGAUGCAAAA